AUGUCGGCCGCGGACGCGCUCACCCAGGACGACUGGGUCCCCGCGCAGGAGGUCUUCGAGUCCGGCGCGGACUUUCGAUUCGCGGAGAGCGCGCGGAUGUGUCGCAAGCGCAUGCGCGAGAUCGAGGAGCGCGACGCGAACGGCGAGGAGGACAUGGAGGAGGAAAUAGACGAGCACGAGUGCGAGCGCCUGCGCAAGGCGGCCCGGCCGACGUACGAGCAGGUCGUCGGCAAGGCCAGCGGCAGGGCGUGGAAGCCGCGCGCGGAGAAGAGGGCGGCGUCGUUCAUGAAGCCGCAGACGGGCGGGAUGAAGACGUGGGCGCAGAAGAUGGAGGAGAAGGCGAAGAAGAAGGCGUUCGCCACCGAGAUGCGAUCGCGCCAGGACGACGCGCGGGCGGCGCGGAAGAAGGAGCACGAGCGCCUCGCCGCGAAGAAGAAGCAGAAGCAGGAGAACGUCAUGAAGACGGGGCUGGGGAACUUCAAGGACCAGGUCACGACGCAGGCGACGGUCGCGAAGCGGUCGCGGAAGAACGACAAGCGCGUGAAGAAGCAAAAGGCGCUGAAGAUGACGUGA